AUGAGUCGCUGCGGCCAGAUUUCCUCCCAUUGUUUUGCGACUUUGUUUCUUUGCAACUUUGAAGAGCGCCUCCGCACAGAUUCGAGUUCCCAUCAAAUGCAGUGGCAGGCCAGCGCGAGAAUUGCUGGUCGAAGAUUGAAGGAGAGAUUCAAUCUCCGAUGUCGGGAGGAAGCUGGCCACGACAGUUUCGAAGACGCCGCCGAUUUGAAAUCCCACCGUAGAUCUUCUUGGAGGAAGAGAUGCACAGAUCUCGAUUUUGGAAAUUUGGCUGGAAAUUGGGGGUCCAAUUUUUGUAAAUUAGACAAUUUCCAGGGGUUUGUUCGCAAAUUAAGAAACUUAAUAUAUAUAGAUAUUCUUGCGCACAAAACGGCUGACGUGCGGUUCCAGACGCCGGUCAGGCGCGGUUCCGGCGGGAUUCGGGGCGACGGCGAGAUGAACGGCGGCGUACCGGAGCUCACCACUUCCGGCAGCAGGGCGGCAUACGGUGGACGUGCGGUUGCGGACGUCGAUCCGUCGCGGUGCCGGCGGGAUUAUGGGCGACGGCGAGAUGAACGGCGACGUACCGGAGUUCACCACUUCCGGCAGCGGGCGGGAUACGGCGGACGUCGGUCAGGCGCAGUUCCAGCGGGAUUCUGGGCGACAGCGCCGUCGUGGUGGUCCGUCUGUCAGACGUGCCGGCGGACGUGUGCGUGA